AUGACUUCAAAGCCGGAUAGCCUUCCUGACAAGGAGAUUGAGGAACAGCGCACUGUUCAGGAUGAGAUUUACAUCGAUCCAGUUGCUGAGAAGGCGCUUUUGCGAAAGCUUGACAUGUGGAUUGUUCCACCUGUGAUGCUGCUCUACCUUCUCAGUUUUCUGGAUCGUGUGAAUAUUGGUAAUGCGCGACUCUAUGGUAUGGAAGAGGAUCUAGGCUUGGUGGGCGAUCAGUAUCAACUCGCAGUUUCAGUUCUGUUCGUUACGUACAUCGCUUCUGAGCUUCCUUCAAACCUCGUCAUCAAGAAAUUCAGACCCUCGCGAUGGAUCGCGUUCAUCACCACGGCCUGGGGUAUCGUCGCCACACUUACCGGUAUCGUGCAAGAUUUCAAGGGCUUGGUCGCAUGCCGUGUUAUUCUUGGUGCUCUUGAAGGCGGUCUCUUUCCCGGUCUUACGAUUUAUCUUACCAUGUUUUACACCAAGCGCGAAUACGCCCUUCGAAUCGGUUAUCUCUUUGUCAGUGCCGCCAUUGCAGGUUCUCUCGGCGGCCUUCUCGCUUACGGUAUCGGUCACAUGGAUGGCGUAGCUGGGCUCAAGGGUUGGCGAUGGAUUAUUAUCAUCGAGGGAAUUCCAACUUUUGUCCUUGGAAUUGCUGUUUGGUUCUGGCUUGCAGACGAUCCCGAUUCAGCUCAUUACCUUACCAUCAACGAACGCGAACUCAUCGAUGCACGAAUGCGCCGACAAAUCGGUCAUACCAAAUCUUCGGAUCAGAUGCACAAGGCCGAUGUCUACGCUGGUCUCAAGGAUUGGAAGAUCUGGCUUUUCUGCAUUGGUCAGUUUGGAGGAGAUACUAUUCUUUAUGGAUACAGCACCUUUUUGCCAACGAUUAUCCGAGGGUUGGGUGAUUGGAACACAGCUCAGGUCCAGGCUCUUACGAUCCCUUGCUACGCUAUGGGUGCGAUCACCUACCUUGUCGUAGCAUGGUUCUCUGAUCGAACUCAGCGACGAGCCGUUUUCACAGUCAUCCUCGGCCUUGUCUGCGCCAUUGGAUACGCUCUUCUUGUCAGCCCAGCUCCAUCUGGUGUUCGAUAUUUCGGCUGCUUCCUCGCCGCAAUGGGACUAUACGUCAUCGUUGGUUUACCUCUUGCUUGGCUUCCCAGUAACAACCCACGCUAUGGAAAGCGUACUGUCGCCACUGGUCUGCAGCUAACCAUUGGUAACUCUGCUGGAAUCCCAGCUCCCUUUCUAUACAAAACUCACGAGGGUCCCCGAUUCGUCAAAGGUCACGCCGUUUCUAUGGCCUUGGUCGCCAUGUCGUCUCUGAUCUAUAUGGCCUUCUGGGCUUGGUUCCGUCGUCAGAAUAAGAGAAAGGUCGAAGGCAAAGAGGAUCACAGAACUCAGGGACUGACUGAGGAGGAAGCUGAGGAGCUUGGGGAGCAUAAUCCAAGAUUCCACUACACUUACUGA